AUGUUACUGUUUUGUCCAACUUGUGCCAAUGUUUUAGGAGUAGAAGAAGGUGAACGUUCUUUAAGAUUUGCUUGUCACACUUGUCCUUACAUAUUUAACAUAGCUCGCAAAGUUAGUAGUCGUUAUUAUCCACGUCUCAAGGAAGUAGAUGAUGUUUUAGGAGGUUCAGCUGCUUGGGAAAAUGUAGAUUCAACAGAGGAAAGAUGUCCUAAGUGCUCACAUUCAAGAGCUUAUUUUAUGCAAAUUCAAACAAGAUCUGCAGAUGAACCCAUGACUACAUUUUAUAAAUGUUGUAAUCCGGAAUGCGGACAUAGAUGGCGAGAUUAA